CCCUGCCACGGAUCCCGCACCCCAACCCCGCCAGAACCCGGAGGACGAAAGGGAAGGGACGGGAAGGGACUGGAACGGACGCGGGACGGGGCGGGACGGGACGGAGGAUGCGGGGGUCUCCCCAUGGAAGGUGAAGCAGCAGAGCCCCCCCCGGGUGAUGGGGACCCCCAGGAGGUCCCCAAAAAGGGUGAAAACGGAUCUGACCCCAAGGACCCCCCGGGGUGUCCCCAGCCAGACCGGGACAUUUUGGACCAGGGGGAGGGCAUCCCCCUGAAACAUUCCAACACCCUCACCAACAGGCAACGUGGCAACCAAAUCUCAGCCCUCCCAGCCACCCUGGACACUUUAUCCAUCCACCAGCUUGCAGCCCAGGGGGAGCUCAGCCAGCUCAGGGAGCAUCUCCAGAAAGGUGAGAACUUGGUCAACAAACCUGAUGAGAGAGGGUUCACCCCCCUGCUCUGGGCUGCAGCUUUUGGGGAGAUCGAGACAGUUCGGUACCUGCUGGAAUGGGGUGCAGACCCCCAUGUGUUGGCCAAGGAGAGGGAGAGUGCCCUGUCCCUGGCCAGCAUGGGUGGCUACACUGACAUUGUCACCAUGCUGCUGGAGAGGAACGUGGACAUCAACAUCUACGACUGGAACGGGGGCACCCCCCUGCUCUAUGCUGUGCGUGGCAACCACGUCAAGUGUGUGGAGGCUUUGCUAGCUCGUGGUGCUGACCUGACGACAGAGGCGGAUUCUGGCUACACCCCCAUGGAUCUGGCAGUGGCCCUGGGACACAAAAAAGUCCAACAGGUGAUGGAAAAUCACAUCCUGAAGCUCUUCCAGAAAAAGGAGCUGGAAUGAGCUCCUAGAUCACCUAAAGGAGGCAAGGAGCACAGGAAGGAGGCAGAAACCCCUUGGAAAAUCUCCUGGAGG